GGCGAAGGGUUGGAAGAAGCUAAAGCUCUCUUGGUAAUGGUCCCAGAAGACGUGGAGAUAGCUAAGAUAGAAGAAACAUUAGAGACUAUUAAAUGCUUGGGGCGAGUCAGGGUCAGAGGCCGUCAGUUCCACACCUCCUUGAGCUGCCGUAUGGUGCUCUGUGAAUGCAGAGAAAAUGUACCCAGAGAGAAUGCACCAAAGGAAGUGCUAGAGCCAGACAGUGGUCAGAGAUGGCCGAUAGUCACUCUGGAUAGAGUUGCGGCUUCUGAUGAUUUUGCUCAGAAAGUGAAAAGUCUCUUGGACACUGAGGGAAAGACUAUGGAAGAUAUACAAAACUUAUUUUCCAGCUCUACUCCACCACGACACAACUCUGAUCUCCCCAUAAAUUCUACUGAGUCUAUAUUGCAAGCGGUGGGCGAUCUUUUGGAGAAGACACGUAAACCACAAGCUGAAGGUGGUUAUCGGCGUUUGAGGCUGUUCUCAGGAAACCUCCCAGUUCCUCCCAGUGAGGAGCCAUUUGACCAUUGGUUGGAACAGGCAUGGCUCAUGGUAGAGGAGAGUGACUGCACAGACAAGGAGAAAAGGCGCAGGCUGAUGGAAAGCUUAAAGGGGCCAGCAUUAGAGAUUGUUAAAUCUGUUCGUGAGUCGAACCCCGAGGCAAGUCCUGAUGAAUACUUGGAGGCGUUGGAAAGUGCAUUUGGCAAUGC